GUACCAGUCUUCUCUGUGGCUCAUGUUUGCAUGAUGACAAUUCCAGGCGACAUUCAGAUUGGGACUCGCAUUCAAGUAGAUAGAGAUCGAGCCACAAUACGAUUUAUUGGUGCUGUUGAAGGAACUAAAGGCGAAUGGCUAGGCGUUGAAUGGGACGAACCAACUAGAGGAAAGCACGAUGGCACACAUAAAGGUGUCAAAUACUUUGAAUGCAGAUACCCGUCUUCUGGUUCAUUUAUUCGAUUUCAGCCCAACAAAGUGCUAUUAGGGCAAACAUUUAUGCAGGCACUUAAAGAUAAGUACCUAGCAGAGCAAGAAGAAAAUAGUGUGGUCUACGAUAAAGCAGCCGAUAAAGGUGAAGUAUAUUUGGGUGGAAAUAAGCAGAUCGUAGUAGAAACAUAUGGAUUUGAAAAGGUCCAGCGUACCAUGAGACAGUUGGAACGACUGACUGUGGUUGGUUUAGCGGAGAUGCUUAUAUCCUCUGCUGGACCUCCUGAAGAAAUAUCAAAAGCUAAAUUGGCAAUUGAAGAUCUUGAUUUAUCCAGAAAUUUGAUUUCUUCUUGGGAAGAGUUUGAAAAGGUUGCAGUUCAACUACCCAAGUUAACGAUAUUAAGACUCAAUCAGUCAAGACUUAUUGCCCCUCAACAGCCAUUACAACUACGCCAUCUACAAACACUCGUGUUGAAUAAAACAUUGAUGUCCUGGAAAGAUGUCGAGAUACUCGCUCCUGGGUUACCUCAACUAGAAGAUCUACAGCUAGGAGGAAACGAAAUUAAGAGUCUAAGUUCUAUACAAUGGGAAAGAUUAAAAUGCUUAAAUUUGGAAGAAAAUCUUAUUGAAGAUUGGACCGAAGUGGCAAAACUUCAAUCUUUAUCAAAUCUCCAGAUUUUGUUUUUAAAUGACAACAAGAUAAAGUCGAUUCGCAAGGAAGGGGUAUUUGAUAACCUAGAAUAUCUUCGUAUAGAUGGGAACUCUAUCAAGGACUGGGAUAGUAUCAAUGCUUUGAGCCAUUAUCCAAAACUGACCAAGUUACGUUGCAAGAACAAUCCAGUGUUUGAAAGCUUGGAUAAGGAAAUGGAAGCAUCGCAGGUGGUUGGUAGAAUAGGAAAUCUUACGGUUGUUAAUGGUAAUACGUUGACUAGCAGAGAAAGAAUUGAUUUAGAACGAUAUUAUCUCAAGAUGUGCGCUAAAGAUGGUACAACGCACCAAGCCAUCGCUUCUAUCCAUCCACGAUACCAAGAGCUUUGUAAAAAACAUGGCGAACCUGAUCUAGAGACACAAGCGCAAAAAGCAACGUCAGCCUUAAAUGACAGGCUGAUUGAGAUUACGAUCAGCCUACGACCACUUGAAGAAAACGAGGUGUCAGUGAUCAGUAAAAGAGAACAACUACCACCAAUAACAAAAUCAGUAUCCAAAAGGUUUCUACCGACAAUGACCAUUCGAAGCAUCAAGCAUCUGAUACAGAAACUGUUAAAGGUUCCUGCAUCAAAGCAGACACUGUAUCUGACACAGAUCAUAGAAGGAGACAGUUUGAUGAUUAUGGAUAUCUCUGACGAUCUAAGAGACUUGAAGUAUUACGGAAUGAAGCAAGGGGAUGAAAUUAUUGUUGUAGAAAAAUGAUGAAAACAAGGAAUUAGUG